UAUAAAUUCCUCAUGUGAUUUCAUAAUUCAUCCAUCACUUUUCCAUCUAAAAGUUGCCAUGGCUCUUAGUCUAACUGUUGACGAUGUCUCUUCCAUUUCAAAGGAAAAUGAUGUGUGGAGAGUUAUUGUGAAGGUGGUGAGGAAGUGGAUGACUCCAAAUUUCGAUCGUUCAAAACUUCCUAAUUCGAUGGAGUUGGUUUUAAUGGAUGCAAAGGGUGAUAGGAUCCAUGGCAAAGUGCAAAGGACUCAUGUUUAUAAGUUUAAUCCUUUGUUAGUUGAGGGUCGAGUAUACAUGUUGUCACAUUUCAGUAUUGGUGAUAGCGCUCUGGAUUUUCGUACAACGACACAUACUCACAGGAUAAUCUUUGGUUUUGAUUCGGUUGUUCAAACCCUAACCGACGAUCCCAUCACUAAGAGUCCUUGUUCAUUUGUUUAUGUUUCUGAUCUCAUGUCCAAUGAUCAAGAUCAGACACUGUUAGUCGAUGUGAUAGGGAUCCUUACCGGCCAUAGCGGCGAGCAGGAAUUUGAAAAAAUCAUCAAGUGAGAAAGAGGAUUACCAUAGAGAUUGAACAAGAAGGGUAAUUAUUAGUAUUUUGAACAAAAACGCAAAAUCUAUUAAAAUUUUGAAUUCA